CAGAUCCGGCGACGAGAAUAAAACUAGGACGAGAUGGCAGCUUCGCUUUUGUUUGCCGCGAGAAAGAUCUGCGGUCGCGCCCUUGGGCGACCACCGCAGUUGUAUUUUAGGGCGGCCGUUAAGGAGGAACAGAGUCUGCUGUUGCCAAGGAUUGGCCAUGGCAGGAGCUUCCCUCAACGCUUCAGCUCCUCUGAAUCAAGUCUUUCAAAAAAGCAGCAUGGACCUCAAUUAGCUGCAAACACUACAAAGUCGUCGAAGCACACACCAUGUCACCCCAAUUAUGUACGUAAAAUAUAUUUUGGGACAAUCGGGACGGCUAUAGGAGUCCUUGCAAUACUCUAUGGUGUGGCCCGUACACACGGGGGGCCGAUUUUUAGAGAACAACUAUUGGGCUUGCCGCCUAAACCAAGCAAGGAAGAUGAUUAGCCUUCGGAUGACGGCUAUUGGAGCUCACAACCAAGAAUGCCUGAAUAUAACCUGGUGUUGUUAUGGUGCUCGUUGGCCUGAACAUGAGCAUUAGUCUGUUGUGACUCUGGCUGAACAAAUUUACCGUGUUUGAAUAUUUACCGAGGACCGUUAUUUUGUUAUGGUGCUCAUUGGCCUAUUUACUU